AUUGCUAAGAGAAAAUAUUUGAAGUUGUGCCCUGAGAUGAGAAGCCUAUGGAUGGAAAAACUUUCAAACCGCAUGGCUUUAAGCAGAUUGGAGCAUUUAACUCUUGACAGUUGUGACUUCUUAUCUGAAUGUGCGGUACCCACACAUUUGGUAAGAUCCUUGAGCAUUAAUUUGCAACAUCUGGAGGUGCGUAAUUGUCAAUAUAUAAAAGCAAUAUUUGGUCCGGUUAUGGAUGAUGAGGGGGAGGCACACCUUGAUUAUGGAAAGAUAUGUUUCCGGUCUCUCCGAGAACUAAGUGUCAGUGACUGUAAAAGUUUAGAAUACAUUUUUAUGGCAUCAUCAGUAGCUAAAGGACUUGAGGAUAAGAGUUUAGAGGAGUCUCCGAAAUUCGAAUUUCGUCGUUUACAGCAUUUGGAUUUGGUGAAGUUACAUGAUCUCAAGGGUUUUUGUCCGCAAAGAUGUACAUUUGAAUGGCCACGACUCACAUCGCUAUGGGUGUCUCACUGUGAGAAUUUGAAAGUAUUUGGCACCGAAAUGACAAGUAUUACAGAAUUGGGUGAAAAAGAUGAAUUUGAAGAUCUUCAUACACUGCCCUUCUUGGCUGAAAAGGUCAUUCCUAAUUUAAAAAGACUAUCAUUAAGCCAAAAAGAUGUGGCUCUCAUAAAAAACCACCCAUUCGAGACAAAUCUCUUUGAUGAAGUGUUUACUCUUUUACUAGGAGGCUUUAUUGGAGAAUCCUUUCCAUGUGAUUUUCUUGAUAGAUUUCCAAAGCUUUUGUGGCUCCAAGUGGAAGAUAGUGACUUUGAGGAGAUAUUCUCAUCCCAGCCACAACAACGUGCAUUUUGUAAUGAUGAUGAUUCUUCUCAGUCACAGCCACUUUAUCUAAUAAGUCACAGCCACUUGGUAAAGCUGACACCGUCUUCUGCUUCACUUGGAAAUUUAAUGCAUCUGGAGGUGUCCGGCUGUCAUCAGCUGACCUAUUUGUUCACUGAUUCAACUGCCAAAAGCUUGGUAAAUCUAAUUUACUUGGUGGUAAACGACUGCAAAAAGAUGAAGGAAAUCGUGAGAAAUGAGAGUGAAGAUGCAGUAGGAGGAGCAGGAAUCACAUUCAGUCGAUUGUGCAAUCUGGAACUUGAUGCUCUACCGAGCUUAGAGGGAUUUUGUUUGAAAAAUCAGACCUUUCAAUUCCCAGACUUAAGGGAAGUAACUAUAAAGGGAUGCCAUCAAAUGAAGACGUUUUCUCUUGGGGUCUCGCGAACACCAGAUUUAGAGAAUGUGAUCAUAGAUGAUAUCAUCAUGGCCUUGAAGGGAGAUCUUAACAAUACAAUAGAAUCGCAUGUUCGUCUCAGACAAGGAUGACUAAAAUAAAAUACAAGAAUUGGCGGAGUUCGUCAUUCAUAGUAUCUUCUUCUCAGGUGGUGCUGCUGCUACAUACGUGGGAUGACCACCGUGGUAUGCUAGCUAAAGUUUUGGGCGGGACUAUGUUUGGCAUACUCAUAGUUAUUAUAAUUAGUUCAUUAUUUAAUAUUUUUGUGUAUGAGUGGGAUUAUGACACUCCUUCAAGGGUUUUCUUUUCGGUUCUUUCCCUUGAUGUUGUUGUGAACCGACAGGACUAGAAUUUCUAUCUUUUCUAUAAUUUGGGAUGUUCUUACUUUAUUUGA